GAUUAAGCUUGAAAGAAAAAGUAAACUUGAGAAAUAAGUUAACUUCUAAUCCUACUGAGUUAUGGUUUAAAGGAUUAGAAAAUAUCCGAAUAAAUUAUCCUAAUGAAUUUAGGAUUAAGAAAAAGGAAAUAUGUGUUUUCUAAUGAGUUUAGGAAAUUUGAUUUAUAUAUAAGGAGAUGCAAGGGUGUUGCAUAACUUAUGAGUUUUGUGAUUGUGUGAGAGCUUGAGGUUUUUGAGUGAGUUUUCCUCAAGAGAUUAAUAAGAGAGUUAUUCUUAUUAUAGAGUUUAUACAAUUCGAGAUUCUAUAUUUGGUAUCAGAGCCAUAAAGAUCAUUGAUGCUGUUCAAGAGAUCAAAAGCUUGAAGAUCAUUGAAGUUACGGAGAAGAAGAUGACCAUGGUCGAGGACGAGAAGGAAGAAGAAAUAUACAAGAAAUUUGGAUUCUCUUCUAUCGAGUGUCUGAUGUUAAAAUCCGCUAUUAACACCAUGUUGGCCAUACGAAUACAGAUUGUUGGGUUCAUGAAAGUUGUGGAAAGGCUAAAAACUUAUGAAGAGAGAAUCGGUGAAGAGGGUGCAGAACAACAAGAUGAACAUGGUGAAUUAUUCUCAGCUCACAUGGACACGCAACAAACCCAGCACGAGAAUUACGAUGAUAGCAAAGGAAGAGGACGAGGAGGUUGCUCAAACUGGAGAGGAAGAGGCCCUAGACGAUCCGGGUACUACUAUGUCACGACUUUACACGGUGGGAAAUCACAAGAACAGAGUGAAAUCAACUUAGAAGGAUUCAGAGCAAAGAAAUACAAUAUUCUUGUUACAACAGAUACUGUAGGCCGUGGAAUAGAUGUUCUUGACGUGGCUCAUGUCAUAAACUAUGACAUCCUUAAACAUAUGGAGAGGUAUACACAUCGUAUUGGGCGUACAAGACGUGCUGAAAAAAACUUUGAUGCUAAAUUACAUUCCAUAGGAGAGCUGGACAAAACAAACAGAAAAGCCGCUCUAAGCAUCUUCUACUCGCUAGCCCUAGCCGAAGCUUUGAUGUUCCUUGCGGAGAAAGCUUACUGGGAAUGGCAGGUCAGUGUGUGUAGCUUGCUCGAGAAUGUGACUAAACAAUGUGGCUUUGGUGUUAUUGGGAUGGUCUCUAUCAAGAGAUUCUUCUUUGACGCCUUCUCAAAGUCUGUGAAUGGGAGCAACUAUGAUGGGGAUAAUGUGGAUAUGGUCAGCUUUGUUAUGGAACUGUUGGGCUCUAGCUGCCCAUAUGAACAGCUCAUAGGUGCAAGAAUUCUCAGGAAGUGUGCAGAGGAUAAGAUUGAGAAGAUUGGAAUCAACUUGCCCGUCAUUGAAAGGUUGGUGGAGAUGCGUAACUGGAAAGACGUGAAAGAAGAAGAGAUUAGGAGAUCAGCAGCUGAGAUACUAUCAAAGCUUGCUGGCAUGACACAGUACUCUCUAAGAGUCGCUGGAAUCACUGGUGCCAUGGAGUCGAUUUCAUCACUAUUACAGAACACAAGAUCUUUAGGUGAAGCUCCUGACGAGAUUGGAGAGAAGAAUAUCUUCCACGACCAUCAUCUACUAUACGAUUACUGUAGGUUCAACAACUUAGGCCUCUUGAUUCUAAAGAAAUUAUCCAGAGAUCAUGACAACUAUGGAAAAAUCGGCAACAUUAGAGGACUUCUUCAAAAGAUUAUUGACUUCAUGCACACGGAUGCAAUACUCUUGAAGGAUGAGAACGUAGAGAUGGUUCUCUCACGAUUCCUGACAGUGAAACGGUCCUUGCAACUAGUGAGAAUGUUAGUAAGCAUGAGCAAGAAUACUGGGAGAUGUCUUAGAAGAGAGAUCUCAGAGAUCGUUUUCACAGUUAGUAACCUGAGAGAUGUACUGCAUCAUGGAGUGAGAUACCCGAAACUGCAGAAGCUUAAGAUUGAGAUCUUGAGCUUCCUGGCCCUUGAGAGAGAGGCAAGGGAAAGAAUUGGUGUGACUGGAGGUGUCAUGAAAGAGCUCUUUAACAUUUUCUUGAAAAGCAAGGCACGUAGGGAUGUGAAUGAGAGAAAGGUUAAAAUCGCUGCAGGGGAAGCUAUAGCUAUGCUUGAUUUGGAGAGUAGAAGCAACUGCGUCCACAUUCUAAAGCUUGGAGUCUUGGCAAGACUUGUGGAUGCAUUUGAAGUUCCUUUGGUCCGUGUCAAUGCAGCGAGAGUGUUGAGGAACUUGUGCUUAUACUCAGAACAUGAAUGCUUUAUAGAACUGAGGCUCAUUAAAGCAGCAGCUCCCAUGGUGUUGAAGUCAAUAACAUCGGGAGACAACAAGUUACAGGAAGUGAUGCUAGGGUUAGCAACACAAGUGUUCAAAUUCAUGAGUUCAGAAGAAGUACACGACCCUUUGAUGGAUUCAGGGAUAAAGAAGAAAGAACUGGCAUACUUGUUUGUUUCGACUCUGAAGAAACAUGACAAGCCAUCGGUUAAGGUUCCAAAAAUCAGGUUUGUGGUUGAGCUGGCGAGAUGGAUGAUGGAAGGUGAUGUGGAGAACGUUGUGAUGUUCAGAGAUUUGGCUAUUAAGAGAGAGCAAGAGCUGCUUGGAGCUAAAGAUAAAAUUGACACCAAGGAAUCUGAGCUGAUUCAGAUGAUUUUAGCAAAGAGGGAAGAUGAAAUCAAGAACAAGAGGGAAGACUUAGCUGGAGAAAAAGAAGAAAACUUGCAGGAUGCAGAGAGGAAGGCUCUCUCUGAGAAGAAGAAACUAAACCGGUCAAAGUGGAAGGCCAAACAUAGGCUUCACAGGAAAGAAAAGAAAUCAUCCAAGGACAGAGCUGGAAAUAUAGCUGCUAACGCAGUUGCAAGUAAUGAAACCCAGAAAUCUGAUACUGUUACUACUCCUACUGUUCCUGACGUUUUUAAUAGUUUACAAAUCAAACUCUGGGAAUACCAAGUCAAAAAGAAAGCUGGCCAAGUUACAGUUGGGUAUGCAGAUAGGAGUAUAAGGAUACGGGGUACUGAGAAAGGGACAUGUAAAACUACUCUUGGUGGAGUUGAUACAAACGGAGACUAUUUCUUUGCAUGCUGUGAAAUCCAGAGACAAACCAAGGAUAUAGUUGUGGGUGUGUGGUACAGUAACUCAGGAAGUCUGUUGACUUGUCAACAGGCAGGGAAAACAAUUGUUUUCUUCCGGGUGUUAAGUCGGGAUAUACAAAAAUCCAAAGAGUCUCUUGAAACUGUAAUAAAGUUACAUGCAACAUCUGAGAUACCAAUUGUUGGAGAAAGAAAUAGUGGGCAUAGAGUUGACCCUGAAGAUGGUAAGAGCGUGGAAGGAAAUAUAUUUUAUGUUGAUGAAAGUCUAAUUAUGAGGUGUUCGAUCGAACAAGAGACUGUUGUGUUAUCAUCAGGUGAAGCUACAUUGAUAACAGAGAAUGAAGCUGCGAAAUUGGCUACAUGGCGUGGAGAGUUACAACGGCGUAUACUCAGGAGAGAACAGAGAACUGACAUCUUGUGGAGAGCACUUGGAAAAUUGAAGUUCAAGGAGAUGAGAGGUGUUGAAGAUUUUUCGAAAAUGGAGUUCAAGCUUAAGGGGGAGAAUGUUGGAUUAAGCUUGAAAGAAAAAGUAAACUUGAGAAAUAAGUUAACUUCUAAUCCUACUGAGUUAUGGUUUAAAGGAUUAGAAAAUAUCCGAAUAAAUUAUCCUAAUGAAUUUAGGAUUAAGAAAAAGGAAAUAUGUGUUUUCUAAUGAGUUUAGGAAAUUUGAUUUAUAUAUAAGGAGAUGCAAGGGUGUUGCAUAACUUAUGAGUUUUGUGAUUGUGUGAGAGCUUGAGGUUUUUGAGUGAGUUUUCCUCAAGAGAUUAAUAAGAGAGUUAUUCUUAUUAUAGAGUUUAUACAAUUCGAGAUU